UGUCUUGAAAGUGAGGUGAAGAAGAGUUUACUUUCAGAGUUCAAGGUUUGGUUUCGGUGUUCGUGUGGACUAAAGGGUUUUGUCGAGGCAGAAAGCCCAUUUUCACGGAGCCAAGAUGCUGAACAUGUGGAAGGUUAGGGAGUUCGUUGACAAAGCAACCAACGUGGUGAUGAACUAUUCAGAGGUGGAGUCUAAAGUCCGAGAGGCCACUAAUGACGACCCAUGGGGACCAUCAGGGCAGCUGAUGAGUGAAAUCAGCAGAGCCACCUUCAUGUAUGAGCAGUUCCCAGAGGUGAUGAACAUGCUCUGGGCCCGCAUGCUGAGGGACAACAAGAAGAACUGGCGGAGAGUCUACAAGUCCUUGCUGCUGCUGGCCCAUCUAAUCAGGAAUGGAUCAGAGAGGGUUGUUACCAGUGCCAGAGAACAUCUGUAUGACCUGAGAUCAUUAGAAAGUUACCACUUUGUAGAUGAGAAUGGGAAGGACCAAGGUGUGAAUGUGCGGCACAAAGUGAAGGAGAUGGUGGAGUUUGUCCAGGAUGAUGACCGGCUCAGGGAAGAACGGAAAAAGUCAAAGAAGAUUAAAGACAAAUACAUCGGGGUAUCAUCAGACAGCAUGGGAUACCGGAGUUACUCUGGGGAUAAGUACGACUCCAGCGGGGAAAGCCGGGGAAAGUGGGAUGACGACUGGGAGAGGAAUAAAGGGCAGUUUCCCUUCAGCGAGAAAUUGGGAGAGAUCAGCGACAAAAUCGGCAGCACCAUUGAUGAUACCAUAAGCAGAUUUAGGAAGAAGGAUAGAGACGACUCACCAGAUCGAUUUAGUGACAACGAGGAGGACCGAGGUCGCUCGUCUCACAAUGGCCAGUCAGGAAAAGAAUUCAAAGAUGAAGAGGAGACUGUAACCACCAAGAGUGUACACAUAGUCCAAGCAACAGAGACCACGGCGACACGGAAGAGAGGAGCCCCGUCUAAGAAAGUAGACUUAGGGGCCGCAGCUCACUACACAGGAGAUGGCAGCCCAGGCACCACCACCAAACAGCCUCAGCCAGCAGCUCCCCAGCCUUCCAGUACCAACCUCGCUGACCUACUAAUGGUGGACACAACACAGAGUCAGCCUGCUGCCACAGACCUGAUGAGUGGAUUUGCUGACUUCUCCUCACCUGCUGCCUCCGUCGGCCUCUCCUCAGCAUCCGCAGCACCUUCCUCGAGCAGUAAUGGAGACUUUGGAGAGUGGAAUGCCUUCCCUGGAGGUCAGAUGCCAGCAUCUGCUCAGACUGUUGACACCAGCGCAAACGACCUUUUUGGAGCCAUGACAGCUCCCCCCGCCCCCGCUCCCGCCCCUGCCCCAGUCUCAGCUUCAGGGUCUGGUCCUGCCUCAGCAGACCUGUUUGACUUGAUGGGGCCAACUCAGUCCCUCACCUCCUCCCAGAGCCUCAACUUUAGCAUGAGCAGCACACAGAGCAUGAGCACCACGGUCCUGCCCCAGUCUAUGUCACAGCCCCUACAGAACAUUGGGGGUCCUUUACAACCACAGUCUCUGCAGCCCCUCCAGCCUGUGGCCUCUCAAGGUGCUGGAGCCAAAGCAGCCAUUCCUUCCACCUGGUCAGACCCCUCAGUUAACAUCAGCCUGGACUUCCUGGGCCCGGGCGCGCAGCCACCCAAGCAAAGCCAGCCCAGCCUCAACACCCUCCAACACGGCAACCAGGUACCUGCCAACAUGCUCUCCCAGGGAUUUACCGGCAUGAGCCUUGGACCUACAACAGUCAGAGCGCCUGUUAAUCCUAUGAUGCAGCCUGGUGCUGGCAUGGGAAUGGGCAUGGCGAUGGGGAUGGGGAUGACCCCCAACCAGAGCAUGAUGGGGAUGGGCAUGAACAUGGGGAUGCCCCAGGGAGGUAUGACCAUGGGGAUGCCCAAUGCCAUGGGAAUGGGGAUGGGAAUGAACCCUGGCAUGGUCCAACAGCCCAAACACGAUGCCUUUGCUGACUUCGGCAACUUUGGAAAGUGAUAGAGCUGGAGAGAAAAGAUAAUCUGGUGGAGUGGUAUAGGUCUCUCACUCUCUCCGUCCGUUGGUGAAGGAUUGUUAUGAGCUGCAAACAAAGAGUACUUGAAUAAUGUCAUCUAUCACAAUACCAACACCCUGCAAUCUCAUUUUUUUAAAGAAAUGCUGUGUAGUGAUAUGGAUCUAAAUGAAUGUGUGUUUGUGUUGAGUUUGAACCAAUGAUCUGUCUGAUCUUGGGUGAUGGUCAGACACGCACUGAUGACAGUGUGCCUCGUUGGUUACUUGUGAGAAGAAUGAAGAGUGUGCCACCAAGAGAAUGUCAGGGGGAUUUGCUUUAUAACCUCAAUCAAGUGAAAUCACCAGAAUAGCAAAAAAUUAUAUCUGUAGCUACGUAAUUUUUUUUUUUUUUUGAGAUGCAUUCUCAGUAACUUUACUGAAUGAUAAGUUUAAAUAACAUGAUCAGCCAUUUUUAACUUUCUAAUGUACAUUUAAGAAUGUCAGGUUACCUCUUUUUUGUCAUUGCUUUUCCUUUUGACCUGUAAAUAGAAAUCUGGAGCCCUUACAGAUAAGUUAUGAAGUUCCUAUAUGAGAGGCAGUGGCAGUGUGGAGAGUUUUAUCAUACAGACCAAAUCUGAUACGAAUCAAGACCCAUCACCAAGCACAUUGACACCUUCUCUUUGUACAUAAGUGUUCUGAAACACUCCAGAUGUGGCCCGCUACAGUUAAAGCAACGAAUGAGUGUUUAGGGUGAAAUCUAAUAACUAAUUUGAGGAGUUUCUCCUUCAACAGACCAUCAUUUGUGGCCUUUCUUAUUGCUAUAUAUCUAUAUAUUUUACUUAUGAAGAAUAUUAUAAUCAGUUUGCAUCCAAAUGAGAUAAUCAGUAGGUAGAAAAAGCCUCAUUCAGGGGUUGUGGGAUCUUUAUUACAGCACAGAGUGCCUGAAAGACCUUUGCCUUUUCUCUUAAGUUAACCUCUUGAAGGAAACAAUGUGACUGUGCAGUGUUGACGACAGAGCUUCUGUACCAUGUACAAAACAUCUGUUUGUACUAAUGCCUCAAGCCAAGCGUACUGUCUGUACAGAUAUCAGAUGCAAUUGUACAAAUAUUUCACUGUUUUGCUUGUCCCAUGCACACUUUUGUGGUUCCUCUUUAUUCAGGUCAGUUAAACUUCAGAGCUCAGAAAAACACCCGAGAUGAAUAUUGAGCUUGACUUAAUUUCAGCACCUCAAGUGUUGAUACAGACUGUUAUUAAGAUUCUUCAUCCAUGUGUUGACUGUUAAAUGUUCACCAGUGUAUCUUGGUAAAUGCUGCCCUCUCUCCUUCCAUCUUUAUUAUCGUUACACAUUAAAAACAGCGAUCUUGAACUGUUUGUGACACGGUCAUCAGUAAAAGUCUGCAUGUUUCACAACUUACCAGGGAGAUUGUGAGAGGAAGCACUUUUACCAGUUGGGAUGCAGUUUGUGUAUGUUAUGGUGGUCGGAUAAGGAUGUGUCGUGGGUUAAUGCAUUAUGAACAAUUGAAUUCAUAAAACUGAUAUGUUAGAUGGACAGAACUUUGCUUUUCAGUGGUUCAAGUGCCUGCCGGUGGUUGCCUCCUGACCCCUGUAAUGAGCGAUAAGUAAAUCACAGCUACCUGACAUUUUUGGUGUGUCAAUGAUUAGAUAAAUAAUUCACUGACCAGAGAAGAAGGCAGUGGAUUGUGCUGCCCCGUGAGGAUUAGAGUUUGUGCUCUCCUGCUCUCCCAAGGGCUCAAGAGGCUGAGCACACUAACACAUAGUAGCCUUGCGUCGGAGUCUGAAGCAUUAAAAUGACCAAAAUCUGUUUGCUGUUUUUUUUUCUUUUCUAAAAUAUAUCAAUAGAGGUUAUUUUAUUCAUUUUGUUUUCUACUUCAAAUUGUUCUGAUCUUCUCUUAAAUGGGAUUGUUACUGAAACACUAGCAUAUGCAAAUGAAAAUCCUUUGAGAAAAUGAAAUUUUGCAUUAUUCCCAUUUUGAUUUGAUUUACACAUCGAUUCUUUAUCUACAACAUUAAACAGUUGAUUGAAA